AAUGCCUUUUGGGAUUUGACCAGUCUUGACUUCCUUGGCGUUGUAUUGAUGACUGGUGUAAGAAUGCGUAUUGGCGCCUAAUCGGUUAAUUGUAAUUUAAACUAAUUUUGGUGAAAGUAAAGUUAAUAAUAAUGUCCAGCCAGCUGUUGGAAGCAACGGUGAUGGUGGAGAGCUUGCGGGUGGCUGAACUGCGGUCCCUUCUUACCACUAUGGGAAAGGACAAGAAAGGGCUGAAAAGGGAUCUGGUGCAGAGAGUCACAGAGCUCCUCCAUAACAACCUCCGUCCGGAGCUUUUCUCUGCUAUCCGAGAGCUCUAUGACCGCCGUCACUGCGGUAGCAAUGCCAACCGCAGACGAUCCCAGGUCAUCACCAUGCCAACUAAUGUUGAGGUUGUGGCCGUUUACCCAAAGAAAUCCUGUGGAAGCCCUGUUCAUAAACCUGAAGUGCACAUGAUUAAGCUUCCAUUUUAUCAAACUCUGGAGACUGUUGUUGCUCCAGUAUCAUUAGUGCCCUCAUAUGCAAUUAAGCAACAGAUCAACUGCUUAACCUUUUGUCUGACUACAGGACAAUCAGCUCAGAUCAUGAACUGUCAAAGGGCCAACACUGGAGUGGCAUCUGUUCAGGUGGUGCUCAGAAGUUGCUACACAGAGAGUAUUGGUGUUGAAGAUGAUCAGUAUCCACCAAAUAUUACUGUUUUGGUCAAUGGCCAUGACUGUCCUGUACAGGCUCACUACUCUUCCAAUAAAAAAGGACUGGAGCCUUCUCAGCCUUGUCGUCCAAUCAAUCUCACACCGUUUGUAAAACAGGCCGCUGAGAAUCACGUUGCUGUCUCCUGGGAGAACUAUGGCAAGUUUUACUCUGCUGCUAUAUAUCUGGUGAAGGUCUUCUCUUCGGCAGAUUUGCUGGCACAGCUCCAGAAAAAUGGAGUCGCGAGUGUGGAGCUCUGCAAACAAAAAGUUUGUGAGAAGUUGCGCUGUAAUCCUGAGAAUGAGAUCACCACCACAGGGCUGCAAGUGUCACUUAUCUGUCCUCUGUCAAAAAUGCGCAUGUCAACCCCUUGUCGAGCACAGACGUGCGCCCACCUGCAGUGUUUUGAUGCUGCCUUCUACCUGCAGAUGAACGAGCGGAAGCCUAGGUGGACUUGUCCUGUCUGCCAUAAGCCUGCCCUCUUUGACACUCUACAGAUCGAUGGUUUGCUGAGUGGCAUACUCCAGUGUGCACACGAGGCCGUGAAGGAGAUUGAGUACCUGUCUAAUGGAUCUUGGAGUGCAGUGGGGAAGGAAAAAGAGUGCAGCAAAACUACAGAUCUCUCCUCUCUCAGCCACAAGAAGGAUUUUGUGGUACGAGAUGUCGUGGAUCUGACCGAGUGCUCAACUGACAGUGAUGAUGGUGGUGAUGCCAUGCAGGCAGAAGAGAUUGUUUUGACACAUGUAAAAAACGAGAAAGUGCGCUUCUCCAAAGGCAACAUGCAUAUGAAGCGGUGACACCUGCCAAAUUAUGCAUUUCUGUAUUUCUUAAAUUAUAUUUAUUUUAAACUCCAA